ACUGGCUCCGCGCCCUCCCCGCCUCCUCUGGGCGCCGGGUCCGUCGGUCCUCUGGAGAUGCUGCUGCCGCCCGCCGUUGAAGUUGCGGGGCACGCCGCUGCCGGUCUUCCCGCUCCACCGCCUUAGCGCCCCGGCGUCCGAAGGCGCACCCGAGCCGGGCCAUGCAGCCGGGAGCGGCGCUGCAGGCCGUGCUGCUGGCAGUGCUGCUGGCAGGGCUCCGGGGCGCGACGGGUCGCCUGCUAAGCGCCUCGGACUUGGACCUCAGAGGAGGUCAGCCAGUCUGCCGGGGAGGAACACAGAAGCCUUGUUAUGAAGUCAUCUACUUCCACGAUGCUUCUCGAAGACUGAACUUUGAGGAAGCCAGAGCAGCCUGCAGGAGAGAUGGGGGCCAGCUAGUCAGCAUCGAGUCUGAAGAUGAACAGAGACUGAUAGAAAAGUUCAUUGAAAACCUCCUGGCUUCUGAUGGUGAUUUCUGGAUUGGGCUUAGGAGGCGUGAAGAGAAACAAAGCAAUGGCACAGCCUGCCAGGACCUUUAUGCCUGGAUCGAUGGCAGCACAGCAACAUUUAGGAACUGGUAUGUGGAUGAGCCUUCAUGCGGCAGCGAGGUCUGCGUGGUCAUGUACCAUCAGCCAUCAGCACCCGCCGGAAUCGGGGGCCCCUACAUGUUCCAGUGGAACGACGACCGAUGCACCAUGAAGAACAAUUUCAUCUGCAAAUAUUCCGCUGAGAAACCAACAGCUCCUUCUACAAGGCCUGGAGGUGAAGGAACAGAGACAGCAAUGCCCAUACUUCCAGAAGACACAGAGAAAGAAGAUGCCACAGAAACACUGAAAGAAAGCAAAGAAGCUGCCUUGAAUCUUGCCUACAUCCUAAUCCCCAGCGUCCCCCUUCUCUUCUUUGUGGUCACCACAGGUGUAUGUUGGGUUUGGAUCUGUAGAAGGAGGAAACGGGGGCAGCCAGGCCCCAGCACGAAGGAGCAGCGCCCCACCUGGCCCGCUCCUCAGCCGGGGAACAGCCCGGACCUAGAGGUUUACAAUGUCAUACGAAAGCAGAGCGAAGCUGAUCUAGCCGAGACCCGGCCGGACCUGAAGAACAUCUCAUUCCGAGCGUGCUCGCGAGAGGCCACUCCCGACACUGUGUCCUGUGACUAUGACAACGUGGCCAUGAACCCAUCCGAAAGCGGGUUCGUGACGCUGGUGAGCAUGGAGAGUGGCUUCGUGACCAACGACGUUUAUGAGUUCUCCCCAGACCGAGUGGGAAGGAGCAAGGAGGCCGAGUGGGUGGAAAAUGAAAUAUAUGGUUAUUAGGAUGCACAAACGAACCCUGAACUGACAAGAAUGGGAAAGAAGAGAGAAGCAAAAGUCUAUUUUCUAUAAGGAAAACACUCAGAAGGUCUGUGAAAGUGCUCAGAUCAGGUCCUGGGGGUGAGCAUGAGAUCCCCUGUUGGAGCCGCAGUUUGGGCUAUAUCCCUUAUCCCAGUCCCUCACCUGGCUGGAACUUCUGAGAAAACACCUUGUCCAGCGUCUGGCACAUAAUAGAAAAUAAACAACUGAUUGUUACAACUGACUUUCAAGGGACAGUGCUUUCACUGGCGGGUGGGGUGGGGGUGGGGUAGUUGCUGUGGAGCUUGGGAAACCAGCCUCUAGGUUCUGUUUCUCUUGCUCUGUACAGCAGCAAACAUCAUCACAAAGAGACAGAAAGUACAGAAUCUUUUCAAAGCCCACCUAUGCCAGCCUUGAGCUGGGCUGCGCAACAGCAAUUCUUAUAUCUAUUUUUUUCAAAGAAUCAAAUCAAAUAAAAAGCAGGAAACAGAAUGUUAGUCAGUCUGUGUCUACAGCCCUUCUUCUGCAUGUGGCCUCUGGGGACCGUUUUUUCUUUUUCCUGACAUCCAAACUUGGAAAUAUCUGACUUGGAAACACUUUAGAAACUGAAAAUGAAGUUUGAAUCUAGGCUUCUCGGCUUAUUUGUGUUCCCAGCCCUGUUACCGCACGUUGUUCUGUUUGUGUGUUUGUUUUACUGCAGCAUCAACAUAGCAUUAGUAAUAAUGCUAAUUAUUUUACCUUUUUGUUUUCGGGAUCUGACUAUUUCAAAAACUUUUGGACUCAA